CCGUUAGCUGCCGCUGUUGCCGGCGCGACCACCUCACAAACGGCCUUAAACCGACACGAAGGAAGCAGGAACCCACGGGGCGGUUUUCCACCAGAAGGGACGACUGUAGUUGAAGAAAAUCCUCCGGCACAUCAGCCGUGAUUUUUCGGCGUUGCUAGAAGGACCGAUCCCCCCCGAGCUCCAGUGCCGAUAAGGCAGCGGGAGACAAGCUACGGUUCCCCGGUGAAUCAGGGCCGAGGCGGCGGGAAGGGAAGCAGCAGGGAGCCGGUGGAAAAAGAUGGAAAAGAUGGAAAAGAUGGAGCCCACAGCAGUCUGAACGGCUAAGCUAAGCUAAGCUAAGCUCCCCUGUGGCGACUCGUCUCUCUGAACCAUGGCCGACGGGCUGCUCAGCUUCUCGGCCAACAGGCGCAUCGUCGCCGGCCUCCUCGUCAACCUGCUGUCCUCCAUCUGCAUCGUCUUCAUCAACAAGUGGAUCUACGUCCACUACGGGUUCCCCAACAUGACGCUGACCCUGGUCCACUUCCUGUCCACCUGGCUGGGCCUCUUCGUCUGCCACAAGAUGGACGUGUUCUCGCCGAAGAGCCUCCCCGUGCGCAGGAUCGUGUGGCUGGCGCUGAGCUUCUGCGGCUUCGUGGCGUUCACCAACCUCUCGCUGCAGAACAACUCGAUCGGGACGUACCAGCUGGCGAAGGCCAUGACCACGCCCGUCAUCAUCCUCAUCCAGACCAGCUACUACAAGAAGACCUUCUCCACCAAGAUUAAACUCACCCUGGUUCCCAUCACGUUGGGGGUGAUUUUAAACUCGUAUUACGACGUCAGGUUCAACGUGUUGGGGACGGUUUUCGCUGCUCUGGGCGUUUUGGUCACGUCUCUGUACCAAGUGUGGGUCGGAGCCAAACAACACGAGCUCCAGGUGAACUCGAUGCAGCUGCUCUACUAUCAGGCCCCUCUGUCCUCAGGCUUCCUGCUCUGCAUCGUCCCCAUGUUUGAGCCGCUGACGGGCGACGGAGGAAUAUUCGGACCCUGGUCUCUGCCGGCUCUGGUGACGGUGCUGUUCUCCGGCGUGGUGGCGUUUCUGGUCAACCUGUCCAUCUACUGGAUCAUCGGGAACACGUCGGCCGUCACCUACAACAUGUUCGGUCAUUUCAAGUUCUGCAUCACUCUGAUCGGAGGAUACCUGCUGUUCCACGACCCCCUGUCACUCAACCAGGCUCUGGGGAUCCUCUGCACUCUGGCCGGGAUUCUGUCCUACACUCACUUCAAGCUGCUGGAGCAGGAGGAGGGGAAAAGCCGACUCGCUCAGCGGCCGUAGACUCAGAGACGCCUUUAUAGAUUUUUAUCAAUCAUUUUUACGAUGAAUAUUUUUGUAGGAGCAGAAAGUUUUUCCUUUCGCGGAGUAACGGUACGAUAACGUGUGAAGUGGAGCUCAUCACAUCGGCAGCUGGACUUUUUUUUUUUUUUUUCGUUUUGUUUGUUUGUUUUUUGCAUUUGAAAUGAAAGUCAGAUGAUGCUGUAUUUUUUUCUUAUGCACAGCUUCCAAAGACUCAUUUCCCAGAAUUCCCUCCUCCUCCUCCUCCUCCUCCUCCUCGUGCUGCUGCUGCUUCCUGUUCGUUGAAGAGCUGCAUGUUUUAACAGACGCUGCCUUCAGAUAGAACGCGUGAAGAAAUACUUUAAAAUGCGUUGGUGUUCUUCGUCCAGGUCCUUAUGAAAGUAAGAGGCUGUGGAGGAUUCGACGCUUUCCUCACAAACACACGAGCUCCUUCAAUAAAGUACCUCCUCAUCAUCGCUUCCUCCUCACGACAUUAUUUUAUUCAACAAAACAAAAUCAUUAUUAAAGAUUUAACUCAA